UUUACGCAACACCACUCUCUCUUCACUAUCAUCAAAUAUUUAUUGCAAAAACAUGAGGAAGUUGGUGGCGUCGCCGUUUAGUUCAUUACUCGUCGUCGUUUUCAUCUCUGCUAUCUCCGACGUCCGAUGCUGCUCUCCUAAAGAUCAGACGGCUCUCAAUGCUUUCAAAUCGUCACUGAGCGAACCAAACCUCGGCAUCUUCAACACUUGGUCUGAAAACACUGACUGUUGCAAGGGAUGGUACGGUAUUAGCUGCGAUCCUGAUUCGGGUCGGGUCACUGAUAUUUCUCUCCGAGGGGAAUCCGAAGACGCCAUUUUCCAAAAGGCUGGCCGGUCCGGUUAUAUGUCCGGUUCGAUUGAUCCAGCGGUUUGCGACUUAACCGCACUCACUUCCCUCGUCCUCGCUGACUGGAAAGGAAUCACCGGCGAGAUUCCUCCGUGCGUUACCUCCUUAGCCUCUCUCCGCAUCCUCGAUCUCGCCGGUAACAGAAUCACCGGAGAGAUUCCCGCGGAAAUCGGCAAACUCUCCAAACUCGCUGUUUUGAACCUCGCUGAGAAUCAAAUGUCCGGCGAGAUUCCGGCAUCGUUGACAUCACUCGCCGAGUUGAAGCAUCUCGAACUGACGGAGAACGGAAUCACCGGCGUGAUCCCGGCCGAUUUCGGAUCGUUGAAGAUGUUGAGCAGAGCUUUACUGGGCCGUAACGAACUAACCGGGUCAAUUCCAGAUUCUAUCUCGGGUAUGCAGCGGUUAGCGGAUCUGGAUCUAUCCAGGAACCAUAUCGAAGGUCCGUUACCGGAAUGGGUGGGUAACAUGAAGGUACUCUCACUUUUGAAUCUCGAUUGCAACUCGUUAACCGGUCCAAUUCCCGGUUCGCUUCUUAGCAAUUCCGGUUUCGGUGUUUUGAAUUUGAGCCGGAAUGCGUUGGAAGGAUCCAUACCCGACGUUUUCGGGUCUACAACGUACUUCGUGUCGCUUGAUUUGUCACACAAUAAUCUAUCGGGUCGGAUCCCGGAUUCGUUGUCGUCAGCUAAGUUCGUGGGCCAUUUGGAUAUUAGUCAUAACAAGCUUUGUGGGCGUAUUCCAACGGGUUCUCCUUUUGAUCAUCUUGAAGCUACGUCGUUUAGUGACAAUCAAUGCUUGUGCGGUGGUCCGUUAAUGAAGUCAUGUUGAUAAUAAUAAUGAAUGACAUGGUUCCGGUCGGGGGGAUAUCUCAAGUUUCUUAUUUUUCUUUAUAAUUUUACCUUAUUAUUAUUAUUUUUUCUUUCUUUCAAAUUUUAAGUUCUACAUAGCUAUGAGCUAAUAUGUUCUAUUGGCAACCAAUGGGGGUACACUGAUCCAAUGUGUUUCACGUUGUAUGGAAUAUGUAAGCACAUGUAUAAUCAAUCAAAAGCAAUGUUAUAGAUCUUAAAUA